UGUUGUUGUUUCUUUUGUGUGAUUGUCUUUCAUAUUUCUCAUUUACAACAGUGUGUUUAUUUUAAACCUGUGAUUAAAGAGUUUUCUAAUAUUUCCCUGUUCAUUUCCUUUAUUUCAGAAAACACAGAGAAAAGGAGGAAAGGGAAUAAAGCCUCUGCUUUCUUUAAGAGAGCAUGGAAGGCUGUGAAGCGCCCUUUCCUUUGCUGUGACCGGAACAGAGUGGUUCCCUUUGAACCACGGUCAGAUGUCGAUGAUUUCCAGCAUCUGCCUGUUCCAGGUCCCUCCAGGACCGUCGCAGCACAUGCAGACCUUGAGCCGGUGUGGCAGCCAGGCCAGGUCUGUGAAGACCCUCAGCCGUUGAGUGUUCCGGGCCCCUUCAGCAUCGAGCAAACAGCAGAUGUGCCGAAUGCAGAUCCGGCCCGUCCAGAGUCCUCGACGGCCCUCACAGGUCAUGUUGAUACUGAGCUGGUGUGUCUGCCAGGCCAGGUCUGGGAAGAUCCCCAGCCAAUCAGUGUCCAUGACCUCUCCAAUAUUAAGAACAUGACGGAUGCAGAUUCGGCCUGUCCUGAGUCGCCUCCGUCUGUUCAAGACCCCUCUGAUAUUGAUGGGACUGAUGAAAAACCCAAGAAAGGAAGGAAAGGCAAAAGAGUCUCUGCUUUCUUCAAGAGAGUAUGGAAGGCUGCAACGCGCCCUUUCCUGUGCUGUGACACGGAUGUAGUCCAGCAUCUUACACCACAACCUGAGCCCGAGCCCGAGCCUGAACCUGAGCCUGAGCCUGAACCUGAACCUGAACCUGAACCUGAACCUGAACCUGAACCAGAGCCCGAGCCCGAGCCCGAGCCCGAGUCCGAGUCCGAGCCCGAGUCUGAGUCUGAGUCAGAGUCAGAGUCAGUUCUUGAGGAGCCUAAUGAGGCUUCUGGGCUCACUCUUGGAUCUAGGGUGGGUCUUUUUGAAGUGAAAGACCUGAUUGGAGAAGGAAGUUAUGGCAAGGUGUAUCUGGGAUCUCACGUAUUUAAUGAGAGAACAAAGGUUGCCCUGAAGUACAUCAAGAAGCGUAAACAGGACCGUUAUCUCGACGUUGAUGGUCAUUCCAAACCUGUGCUUGCAGAAGUGGCAAUCAUGCUUAAGUUGAUGAAGGACCCACCUUGUCCCAGCAUCAUCACAUUACACCACUGGAUUAAGAAUAAGAACGACUUCGUUCUCUUUCUGGAGUACGCCGAGUCAUCCCAGAUUUUGGCUUAUUAUCUCAGAAGUUCAUUGGACAUUGAUGAAAACCACGCACGCCGGUUAAUGUGUCAGUUGAUCCAAGCUGUCAAGUUCUGCGCUGAGCGUGGAGUUUUCCAUGGAGAUAUGCACUCGGGGAACAUCCUGGUGACUCAACCCCGAUCAGAGCUCAAACUGAUUGACUUUGGUUGUGCUCGGCUAAUUACCAGCGAGCCUUUCAACAGCAGUGAUUAUCGAGGAGCCUUACUUUACACACCGCCUGAGGUUCUGAGGGAUCCCACAUUCUUUCCUAACCCGGCAUACGUCUGGACAUUAGGCCUCAUCCUGUAUGAAAUAUUGCAUACACGAUUGGCCUUUUACGACACGCAUUCGAUAAUCGUUGGAGACCUCCAGACAGACCUCACCUUAUCUUUAGAUUGCCUGGACCUGAUUUCCCAGUGUUUGGUCCGCAAUCCAGAGAAGCGACUGCAGUUACAUCAGUUAGAAGAGCACCGGUGGUUCAAUCCAACGAGCCCAAAUCCUGUGCAGCAGUGAGACAAGAGGAGAAAACACUAAAGAAGCGAAGAGGAGAACAGCAGCAUUUCCAGAAAUUUCACAAGACUGUUAAAGUUAUUAAUUACUCCCUCAUGUCAUUCCAAACCCCUCAGAUCUUACUUUUCAGUGUCAGUGUGUUGAUGAGAGCUCUGUCCUGCACUGUGUGUGUGUCCACUGCUGACGUUUACCUCAGAUGUGCCCACGCUUUGUUUAAAUGAGAGGAAGUCGCGCAGGCAUCUAGGUUAUCCGUCAGCAGUACGACACACAUCCAGUGCAGUACAGGACUUCUGAAGUCAUUAUUUUUAUUUUAAUAUUUUUGUGUUUUUCUUUCUGCAUUAAAGAAGUUUAAUGCUCCAAACCCCUGACACCUUUCCUCAUCUUCAGAAAACAAAUGAAAACAUUUGAGAUGAAAUCAAACCAUGAGAGCUCUGUCCUGCACUGUGUGUGUGUCCACUGCUGACGUUUUCCUCAGAUGUGCACACGCUUUGUUUAAAUGAGAGGAAGUCGCGCAGGCCUCUGGGUUAAACGUCAGCAGUGCGACACACAUACAGUGCACUGCGCUCUUCUGGACGUGCGGUUUGAGGGUCAGAGAGCUCUCAGAUUUCAUCUCGAAUGUUUUAAUUUGUGUUCUCAAUAUGAACUAAACAUGAAUUUGAUCUAAGGACAUGAGGUGAGCAAUUAAUGACAAUAAUGGUGAAUAAAUACUGCAGCUCUGCACAAGACCUUUGGCCACAGGAGAAAUGGUCGUGCCCAACCAAGCCUGGUUUCUCUCGAGGUUUUUUCCUUCACUUUUGUCAAUUAGUGAAGUUUUGUUCCUCGCCACUGUCGCCGCUGGCUUGCUUGGUUGGGACUUGUGGAGCUGCGCAUCGAUGGAUUUGCUCUUCAGUGAACUGAACUUUAACUCCAGUGCUGUCACAGUUUUCUCCUCUAAAGUGUCAUCAAAGAUCUGCUCGACUAUUUUCUCCCUCAUUAAUGAAUCUGGUGUUCUGUCAUAAGAGAGACUGAUUGUUUUAUAAUGAAGUGUUCAUGAUUGUUUUGUAAUGAAUUGUUCUUUGAAUUGUUUUGUGAUGAACUGCUUUUAUGUAUUGUUGGCUAAUAAGUCAAAUAAAAUCCUGUGAAUCAAA